CGAGUACGUUCCUCGACGCAGUGAGCAAAACGGAGGUCGUGGUGGUUCUAAUGGCUCUUCUGCUCGCAAAUUGGAAAUUUUGGCGCAAAAACAAGCUCAAGGAGCUUUUACCGAUUGGAUUUCUCGUUGGAAACUAGCUCAUGGUUUGUACCGCAUGGUCACCAGUCAAAAACUUCGGUAUCGCGACGCUUCCCGCGACUUACCACCCAUGUUGCAGGGCUACUUAACGAUUAGAAUCCCGUUGUGGGACUCUAUCAAAUCCCGCUACGACGCUCACGAAGACCCCUAUCUCGUGCAUCAGCAUAAACGCGUUCUGAAAGGGGAGAGGGUUUUAGUACCGCAAAAAUCUGGCGCCUUGAACGCCAGUGGUGAAGCGACGCAAGACAGCAGCUUCCAUUUCGGAACGGGUGGUGGAGCUGGCGCAAAAACCGCUAACGGUGCACAUGUGGCGCACAAUCGCAGUGCCAAACGUGGUGGCGCCACUGUCGUCGACCGCAACACCCACGCCCAAGUUGAUAUAGAAUACAACUCGCAUCGCUACUACUUCGUUUUGCACGAUGAUAUGGGUCUAGUCUGGUACAAGAACUUGCAAGCCUAUGAAAAGGGCAUCCCGAUGGGCAACAUCAACUUGCGAGUGCGCAAAAGUGGACCUUAUUACCAACAAGGACCCCAGUUUGGGGCGACUGGAUUCGGAGGCGAAGACAACAAUAAUGUCGAUGGCGACUCCUCGGACAGUCAGGACCGCGUGACUACCCAUGAAUUUGCAGGAGUUUCUAACAGUCAGUCCCAAGAUCGUUUUCCCAGUCGUAGGUCUGGAGCACAACAGAGUUCUCAAGGCCAAGGUGGUGUUGACACGACUACACUCGCAGAUUUGAUAGAGGAUGAGAAUGAUACUGCUGCAGAUCAUGCUGGAGCAGCUGCGGAACUUGCUAACUCGUCACAG